CACAGGAGUCUACCGCUUCCUGGCAGCUAUAGGGAAUAUAACCAUCUGGGCCGUGACGCAAUGCUGCGGAAGUCGCCAUUCUGUACGAAUACAAUGAUCUUUGAUACUUCGUUAUAGCAAGCAAGCGCCCAGGUUAAAAAAAAAAAAACUAACUAAAGAAAGUGGCCGCCGCCAUGCUGUACGGACUGCUCUACAAAGGAAAGAAUGCUCCCUGGAUAUUCAGAAUGGACGCAAAGAGAAAAAGACCGAGAGGGAAAGGGAAGUUAUUACCUGAAAAGUAGCUUUUCAAAAAUGGAUGGGUUUUGCCCAGAGCCCAGUGAGGAAAAUGAUCACAAAGAAAAGACAAGCCGAAGGCGGCGUUCUUCAAUCUUGAAACCCCCACGGAGUCCUCUUCAAGACAUAAGAAGUGGAAAUGAAAUUGGUCAGGACUUUAUCACAACAAGAAGUCGGAAAAGUUCUCGACGGGUCAGCUUUGCAGAAACCAUUAAAGUAUUCCAAACAGAAAUUCCUACAGAUAUUAAUGAAGAGGCAAAAAAUACAGGAAUAGCUAUAGGAGAAAACGUUCCAUUUAAGCAAGAUAAAACACCAGAAGAUAAUCAGUGUGAGAUCAUUGGGAUGGAAACACUACUUCAUGCUCCUCUUCAGGCCCAGUUGCAGCAGCCAGAGAGCUCCGAUAUAGAGCCUACUCAUGAAAAAAAGUAUGGAAAUGAUCAAACAGUCAUCUUCUCAGAUGAAAAUCAAAUGGACUUGACAGCUAGUCACACUGUGAUGAUUACAAAAGGCCUUUUAAGUUGCCCUGAAAUAGAAAAGCCUUCCAAAAUAGAUACUAGAUCCUUUCUGGCCAACUUAAAGUCUCACACUGAAGAUCUGCCAAUGAAUAAAGAAUUUAACUUGCCCAAUGANCUCAAAAAUGAGCUGGUAUUUCAGGACCAGGAGACUGUUUCAGGGAAUAUAAAACAGGACAAAAGCUGCAGUUCAGUUUCUUAUGUAACUAGGGAAGGAUUACAUCAGGGUCUGGCAGAUCCUUUAAGUACUUCAUUAUCUGGUAACAAGUCUGUUGUCUUCUCAGGUGAAGAUAUGGAUUUGGCCAAGUGUUGUACUGUCAAGAUUGAUAGUGACAAUUUAGGAACUCCAUUACCUCUGACCUCAACCAAUGUGCUGGCCCCUGUGAAAACCAAAAAUCCUUUCUCCCUCAGCUGUAGACCUACCUCCCAAACUGCUCUUCAACAUAUUCCUUUUCCACCAAAAGAGGCAUUUAAUUCCUUCUUGCAAGGGAAAAGUGAUCUACAGUCUGAAAAACCAUUUGGUAACUGCCAGAAUUCAUUAUCCCAACCUGAGAAUCACAGAGUGGCUAAUACAGAUGUGAGCCCAGAGUAUGUUCAUCAAUCACCGCUAGCCAUAAAAUUAGUUUCAACCAGUUCACUCUUGCCUUGUCCUUCAGAAAAGACUAUUAUUUUUGCCCCUGAGCAAGAUAAUAUAGACUUGACUGAAAACCAUGAAGUUAUUAUUCAAAGUGGCAACCCAAAGAUACCUGUAGAUGGAGAGAAGCAAAAAUACAAUGAGGCUUCUAUGAGACAUGGGAAAUCGCCAAACUUAAUUCUCUCAUCUUUGAAUAAGAAAGGGAUUACUAAAAUUAUGGGGGAUAGUUUGGAGAUUAAUAAAAUCCAUACAAUUGUCAGAGACAAUAAAGCAGAUUUAGGAGAUGAAGGAACAAGCAGGCCCACGGAUAAAAUAGUGGUUUUAUCAGAUAAUCAGAAUGAGUUAGAAAUCACUAAGUCCCACACUGUUUUUAUUGAUUACCAGACCACAGAGAAGACACAAAAUAUAUCUCUUCUCAAGGACUCUAGCAGGAAAAACCUAGGUCAGCCUAAGAUGAUGUUUGCUCCUAAUGAUCAAACCAUUUUCUUUUCAGAGGAAGGUGGGAAUGAUUUGGAUCUUACUAAAAGCCAUACCACAGUAAUAAACAGUCAGGUAGUGCCACAAGAAGAUGGCCACAGAAGUGGUCCUAUAGAUAAAACUGUAAUGUUUACAUCUAAUAAUGACAUGGAAUUAACUAAGCUGACUCCUUGUAUGAUUGCUAAACCUGAAGAGAGAUCCAGCUUGGAGAAUACACGGCAAUUAGACAAGCCUGGGGGAAGUAAAAGCAUGAAUGAACUCUAUAGUAACAAAACUGAUAUAUUUCUGGCAGGUGGUGAGGAUGAGAUGGAAAUCACAAAGGAACUAAACCAUAAAGAUGUCCUAGUUGGUGAACAGGAUAGUUGUUUGAUACCUUUAGCUACGGCGCCCAAAACUGUUUUGUACAGAGCUGAACAAAAUGACAUGGAUAUCACCAACUUCACUACAAGCCACACGUUUUCAAUGGACUGUGAAGCUAAUUUACACAAUGUAGGAACCAAUAGGCUUAUGGAUAAAACAGUGAUGUUUGCAGAUAAUCAGGAUGAACUAGAAAUUACUAAGUCCCACACUAUUGUCAUUGAUUACCAAACUAUGGAGAAGACACAACCUAGGACUCAUCUUAAGAGCUCAGGAAGGAAAAGCUUAGGCGGACCACAAAUAUUUGCUCCUAAUGAUCAGACACUAUUUUUUUCAGAAGAAGGUGGGAAUGAUUUGGAUCUCACCAAAAGCCACACUAUAGUAAUAAACAGUCAGGUAAUGCCACAAGGAGAUAGCCACAGGAAUAUUCCUCUGGAUAAAAGUAUAAUAGUUACAUCCAGUGAUGACAUGGAAUUGACUAAAUUGACCACUUGCAUAACUGACAAAACCAUAGAGGAUCCUGGGCUGGAUACUGUACAGCCAUUAGAAGAACAACCUAGCAGGAAGAAAAGUAUAAAUAAACUCAACAGUGACAAAACUGUUGUAUUUUCAGCAAGUGAUGAUAAUGAGAUGGAAAUUACUAACCCUUGUACAAUGGAAAUAAACCACAAAGAUGUCCUUGGAGUUGAACAGGACAGAGGUUUGAUACCAUUAGCUGCAGUUUCCAAAGCUGUUUUGUAUAGAGAUGAACAAGAUGACAUGGAGCUCACUGACAUCACUAAAAGCCACACAGUUGCAAUGGACUGUGAAGCUAAUUUACAAGACUUGGGAACUUGUAGACUUAUGGAUAAAACAGUCGUGUUUGCAGAUAAUCAGGAUGAACUAGAAAUUACUAAAUCCCACACUGUUGUCAUUGAUUACCAAAUUAUGGAGAAGACACAGGAUAGGUCUUAUCUUAAGGACUCUAGAAGGAAAAGCCUAGGUCAGCCUAAGAUGAUGUUUGUUCCUAAUGAUCAAACCAUUUUCUUUUCAGAGGAAGGUGGGAAUGAUUUGGAUCUUACUAAAAGCCAUACCACAGUAAUAAACAGUCAGGUAGUGCCACAAGGAGAUGGCCACAGAAGUGGUCCUAUAGAUAAAACUGUAAUGUUUACAUCUAAUAAUGACAUGGAAUUAACUAAGCUGACUCCUUGUAUGAUAGCUAAACCUGAAGAGAGAUCCAACUUGGAGAAUACACGGCAAUUAGACAAGCCUGGGGGAAGUAAAAGCAUGAAUGAACUCUAUAGUAACAAAACUGAUGUAUUUCUGGCAGGUGGUGAGGAUGAGAUGGAAAGCACCAAUGUUCUUACAAAAGAAAUUAACCCUAAAGAUGUCUUAGGAAGUGAACAGGACAGAUAUUUGGUACCUUUGACUACAGCUUCCAAAACUGUUUUGUAUAGGGGUGAACAGGAUGACAUGGAGAUCACUGAUAUCACUAAAAGCCAUACUUUUGCAGUGGACCUUGAAACUGAUUUACAAAAUGGAGGAACCAAUAAAAUAAUGGAUAAAACAGUGGUGUUUGCAGAUAAUCAGGGUGACCUAGAAAUUACUAAGGCCCACACUGUUGUCAUUGAUUCCCAAAUUAUGAAGAACACACAAAACAUUUUUCCAGAUAAAGCAAAACUUGAUAGCUUUGAAAUGAAUAAUCUAGUUGGAACACAGGUAACAUUCAUUCCUAAUAAUGAGACCACUUUCCUUUCAUGUGAAGAUGUUAAUGAUAGAAAAGUCACUAAAAAACAAAUAGAUGCAAUAGAAAACAAAAGUUUCCUUCAGGAAAGACAGCAACAGUCUGUAUUAUCUUUCUUCCCUGCAGAUAAAAUGACUGUGUUUACAGGUGAUCAGGAUAAAAUAGAAAUGGACAGAUCUCAAAGCACUAUUAUUAAAGAAAAAACUAUGGAGAAAGUUGUUGAUCAGGAUCAGGUAUUGGAAACAGCAAUAAGAGGAAUAUAUCCUUUCAAUAGUACAAUUUUAUUGGGGAAAACAUCUAAAAUUAAAUCUAAGACAAUUCCAUUUAAGUUUCCAGAGCAUCAAGUGAAAAUUUUCACCAGUGAUGAAGAGCAAAGACGAAGUAAACACUUCAGGGAUGCCUUCUUCAUUGACCCUCAAUCUCAGUUACCAACCCAUUUACCAGAAAAGGAACAAUAUGUUGUGAACAGGGAAAAACUAAUGCAACCAGAGACAGAAAAUGGAAAUUUAAAGGUUGUUACUGAAAGCCUUUGCAUACCUAACUAUGAAAAUGAGUCCAAAAUGCUACAUGAUAAUAGAGAACUUACUACAGUCUCAGAAAAGGAACAAAAGCAAAAUGUGCCAAUAUCUAAAAGAGAAACAACUGUGGAAAUAGAUAUUAAUUCAGGCUCAGCUAUUCAAGUACAUCGACCCCAUUCCAUUCCUUCCAAACUGUCUGAUCCUAUGAUUUCAUCUAAAACUAUUAGUACUGCUAAUAUUGGACCAAAUCUGAAUAAUGAUGUAAAGAGAUAUGAAAAUUUUCAGACAACAGGUAUUUCUAACUUUACAGAGCAAUUAACGAAGUUGGGAAAACAAGCAGAGGACAGUAUGGAUAAAUCUCACACCACUGAAACACAAAACACAAAAACAGGAGCCAAUAAUCCAAAUAAUGACAAAGAUGAGAUGAAACUGUAUUCUUGUACUGGAGAUACAUCAUCUGUGUCUUUAAAGGCUGUUGCGAAAAAUAAAAUUAAAGCAAGAAAGUACUCUCUGGGAAUUUUUUUACCCAAACUGCCAAACAAAAGAAAUAGCAGUGUCACUGGUAUGGAUGUCUUGGAGCAUAUCUCUGGAGAUUUAACUGACGUAAAUAGUUUAGAAACUCAACUAGUCGGUAACCAAAAUUCAGAUUUGAUUUAUGCUAUUACUAAGCCACCCUUGAGCCCCUCUCAGUAUAUAAAUGAGGAAUGCAUUCCUCUAGAUCCAGAAGAGAGUAAUUCCUCUGAAUCCAUCAGCAUUGAAAUCAAAGAAAAGGCUUCAAUUGAGACUUACCAACAAGAGAUCCAACUACCUGAAAGUACAGGAAAAGAAAUCUCCAACAGUCAGAAAAGAUUCCGAGUGCAAGGUGACGAUGACAGUGUUCACAGUGAGAAAAAAGUCCGAAAGGAUGAGACCAGUCAUAGUAAUUCAGCCCAAGCUUUCCAGGCAUUUGAUCACCCUUUAGAAGAGUAUGUGGAUAAAAAUUCUUGUGAUCCAUUAAAAAAUCUCAACAGGACCCCAUCUAGUUGUUCCAGCUCCUCAGAUUCUAUCAAGGCUGAUGGGACAUCCAUAAAUUACAGCAUACAGCAGAGCAGUCAGAUGGAAUCACAAUUUCUCAUGGACCACAAUUGUGAAGAGAACCUAAAGGAGAAACUCCAUGAUGGUAGGAUCACAGUAAGAGAGUUCUUUACACUUCUGCAGGUCCACAUUCUAAUUCAAAAACCCCGACACAGCACUCUUCCAGCCAAUUUUGCUACAAAUGUAUCAUCCACACCAAAAGACUUAAUGUUAAACCAAUAUGUUUACCGGCCCCAAAUACAGAUUUAUAAAGAAGAUUGCCAGGCUCUCCAUGAAAAGAUUGAAGAAUUAAAGCUUCGUGCAUUGAACCAGGAUAAACUACUGGUGGAUGUAAAUAGAAGCCUAUGGGAAGUAAUGAAGGGCUGCUCUGAUGAAGAGCUGAAGACAUUUGGAGUACAUCUGAACAAAAUGAAAUCACGCUUUGCCAAGAAGACUAAAGUUUUUGCUCACCAAGGGAAAGUGGCUCUAUAUAGUAAACUAGUACAAUCAGCAAAGGCUGAACGGGAGAAUCUUGAGUCAAGGAUGGACAAGAUGGAUUCUGUACUAAAGGAGGCAGAUACCUGUCUUGCUGCUCUAGACCUGGAAAUUAAGAAUCUGGACAAGAUUAAAGAAAUCCCCAUGGAAGAGUGGGAUUCUGAAAUAUUAGCUACAGAGAAAGAAUUAGAACAAUUACAAGCUAAAGAAGAAGAAUUCAAGAGAAAUAUAUCAGAACUGGAGACACAGAGGCAGCGGGCACUUGCUCAAAUAAACAUUCUACAGAGAGAAGCAAAUAUAACUAAGGAGCGACUGGAAAAAUUCAAUGGCUCAGAAUGGGAGAUCAUUGAAUGGAGUGAUAGCCAGGCUGUAUUCACUUUCCUUUAUGACUCAAUAGAGCUCACCAUCACCUUUGGAGAGCCUGUGGAUGGUCUUCCUUUCCUGAACAAGAGUUGCAGAAAGAUUGUUGAUGUAAACUUUGAAACUCUGCUGAAUGAAAAUAAAGCUCCCCCAUCAUCACUGUUAGUACAUAGACUUAUUUUACAGUUCAUUAAGGAUCAGGAAUCAUGGAAGAAUAAAUGCACAACCCAACAUCAUGUGCCUAAGAUGCUACAAGAGAUUUCAUUGGUAGUAAGCCAUUGCAGACUCCUAGGAGAGGAGAUUGAAUAUCUAAGUAAAUGGGGACCAAAAUAUAACCUCAUGAAUGUAGAUGUCAAUAAUACUCAAAUACAGCUCUUAUUCUCCAGUUCUGCUGCUUUUGCAAAGUUUGAAUUGACACUGUCUCUUUCAGCCCAUUAUCCAUCUGUCCCAUUGUCUUUCACCAUUCAGAACCUCAUUGGGAACACUGCCCAAGAUAAAAUUGCUGCCAUUUUGUCUAAAGUGCCACUGGAUAACAACUACCUGAAGACAGCAGUCAAGUAUAUUUACCAAGAUCUGCUCCAAGGCCCUCAUCUUCAUCCCUAGAACCACAUACAACUAUAAUGAUCAAAUUUUUUCCAUUGUUUGCUUUUCGACCAUGACUCUCUUUGGUAUUGGAAGCAA